AUGAAAGCUACCAAGAAGCAAGUUUGUACAGCAGAUAAAAACGUCCUGUCAAACAUGACAAUCUUGAAGUUGAAUUUUAUUCACAACCAUUCUGUACACUCGGCGCAUGCGUUGAGUUUUCGAUCUGUAGAUGAUGCCACAAAGCAGGAAAUUUUCACUCUUUUCUGUAAGGGGCAUAGUGCAGCAUCAGCUCGGCACGCCCAUGAAACCAACCUGAUGAUUUCCUGUGCUGAAUACGAGCAAGAUGAUCAACGUGUACUAGCAGACAGGGCCAUAAAUCCAUCAGUACAGGACUACAGCAGAUUGCAUGAGCAAUGGAGAAAAAAGGAAAUGGGUGAAGAGAAUGGGCCAGACAUGUUUUUUCAGCUUCAAACUGAAAUUGAUAUCUACAAUGAAAACAACCAACAACAAGGUGGAACAGCCAAACUUCAGGUCUAUAAAAAUCCAUGCUUGAACAAAGCAAAAAGUGGCACAUCUUCUAACAGUGAUGACGACAUCUCACCACCACCAAGAAAAAAAGUCAAGUUGUGUAAAAGAAAGCAGAAACAUCAGCCAAUGGUUCUAGCAAUCUGUACACCACUUAUGUCCAGAGCCCACAACAACAUCAAACAAGCCAGAGAAAUGGUGUUUAUUGAUGCAACUUCCUCACUAGAUCGCUAUAAUUCAUCUGUAUUCAUUAUGUCAACUAGCACACCUACUUCUGGUAUCCCUCUAGGUGUGAUUGUCACUUCAGAUGAGCAGGCGACAACCAUACAUCGUGGACUGGAGUUGUUAGGAGAAGUUUUGCCUGAGGAGGCAUUCAAUGGCAAAGGAGUGAAACAUGGUCCCACUAUUGUUAUGACCGAUGACAGCCAUACAGAGCGAGAAGCUCUUCACAAUUUCUGGCCAACAGCAAAUCUCCUUCUAUGUACAUUUCAUUUUCUUCAACGCAGGUGGACCUGGCUAUAUGAUAGUAAAAACCACAUUUUUAAAAAUGAUCGUACCAUCCUUAUUGAAAAAGUCAAGAAAUUAGUUUACACUAAUACAGAAACUGAGCUACAGAAACACUACAACAGUUUCCUUCAAAGCCCUGAAGUAAAGAAAUAUCCUAAGUUUUAUAGUCACAUGCAGUCACUGUGGGCUAGACGAAGAGAAUGGGCGCACUGCUAUUGUAGAACGAUUCUUAUUGGAGGAAAUCAUACUAACAACUAUGCAGAAGCUGGAAUGAGGAUCCUGAAAGAGCUCAUUUUCAGUCGAGUGAAAGCAUACAACUUGGUACAGAUAUUCUAUUUCACAACUAAAAUAAUGGAACGGUACUACCAGAGUAAACUGCUCAGUGUAGCCCACAGUCGAGUUGACUGCUUUAUUUCUCUUCGCUAUCAAGGCGUAAAUGCUAAAGCAUAUGCUAAAGUAACCAUAUAG